AUGUUCUUAUCCACUGAGAACCCACCCAAUGACCCACUUUCUUCUUCUUCCAAUUUCUUACAUCUCACCACUUCUUCCGAUGAGUUAGGUCAAUCCCAUCUCCCCAAUUUCUCCAUCAGAGAUUACGCAUAUAGUAACAGGAAAAGGAACAUCAACAACAACUGGCCAUUUUCAACCAAAAGUCUCCACCUUUUUGCCACUCAUGGCGUAACAGAUCCUCUACCACCGUUUCAGAAACUCUCCACCGUAAGUAACCAGUUUGAAACCACUGCUACUUCACCAUCAGGGAAGCAAAUCGCACCCCAUGUUCACCGCGGAAGAGAUUUGGCUCAACUUAAGCUAAAUCAGACUAGAAAAGGAGUUUGCAACCAACCGAAGAUCUUAGAGAAUGGUUUGUUUACUAGGACGAGCACAAAGUCUUCUAAAGUAGAUCAGAUAGUAGUAGCUUCUACAAAUAACAGCAAGAACAACCACAGUAGAAAGAUGGUGAAAUCCAAAGAAGAUAGUUGUGUGACGACUUCUGAAUCAACCAUGGCUUCAAAGACAUGUCCUAUUUGCAGAACUUUCUCAUCAGCUUCCAACACUACUUUGAAUGCUCACAUCGAUCAGUGUCUCUCUGUUGACUUACCUUCGCCACCGGUGAGUCACAGUAAGCAGAACAACAAGCCUAGAGUCGAUCAGUGUCUGUCUGUUGACUUACCGAAGCUGCCACCGGUUAAUCAUAGUAAGCCAAGCAAGGCUAGAGUUAAUAAGCCAAGGACGAAAGUUAAAACGAUGGCUGAUAUCUACGCUUCUGCUAAAGGAUGCACAUUGGAGGAUCUUGAUAAGAGAAAUGGAACGAAUUGGGUUUCGAUCUUGAGUUAUACGAGUCGAGUUGUUGCUGAUAAGUCUUCUGAAGUGUCCAAGAAGAGGAAAGUUUCUUCGCCUGUUGGUGUUGGUCCUGUUUAUAUUGAUGCUAAGGGCCAAAAGUUGCGGAUUUUAUCAGAGUUCAGCGAGAAGAAGAAGACUUCUUUUACUACAACUCCCAAGUUGAGAGAGCAGCAAGAGGAUUGUAGUAGUGAGAAGAAAUGUCUAAGCCAAGGUGGUAAAGAGAACAGUAAAGUCUCGAGGAAGAGAGGUCGUGGAAAGAAACAGCACAAGUCUCUGAAACUAACCAAUCACAAAGCCAAUGCUUCAGAGCAGAUUCCGGAGAGUGAAAGCGGGUUUGCUGGAGAAGGUAGAAGCACAGGUCGUCGUAGAAUCUAUAAUCAGCGGAUGCUAGCGAAACGUGGUCUGACUCCAAAGAAGCUGAGUGUGAAAGAGAAAGGACAUAAAUUUUAUGCGUUGCGGGAUCAACCAUCUGAGAAUGAUGAUGAUGAUGAUGAUUCAUGGUCAGAAAGAGAUCCUGUAGUGAUGAAAGGUACUGACAAACAGAAGCUGCGGAGCGAAGUUGCUGGAAAGAAUAAGACUUUGUUCGGGAAUAAAAGAGCUCAAAGUCGUUCAUUUAGAGUCCAGAUGAGUGAGAAGGAGAAGGACUCACUUGAGGGAGUUCAAAGAAACACUCUCCGGUUGAAGAAGAACGUUGCUUCGAUUCAAGAAGAUGCCAUAAAGGUUUCAGAUGCAUCUCCUCGUGCAAGUAGCAUGAGAAAGUUGUCCCCACUGUAUGUAGCAAACUCCUGGAGACGACUAUCUCUGCCUGCGGAGCUAAAGAAAGCUCGGUUUGAUUUCUCCGAUGAAGAAGAAACAGGGAAAUGGGAGUCCGAGAUGAAUCAAGAACGUGAAAUAUCAGAUGAUGAUGAUUAUGUUUCUGGUGAUAAUGGAGAAAGAAACGAGGAGGUGUUACUGAGGUCAAAUCUUUCAUCUAGUGGUUACGAUGAUUAUAGUGAUGAUGACGAAGAAGAAAGUAGUGAAGAGGAAGCAGAUGAUAAUAAUAACGAAACAGCCAAUGCGUUGGACAAAACCGAUGAUGAUACAGGUGCUGAUUUCUACCAGUCAGACACUGAAAUCAUACCUAGCGAGCGAGCAAUGUAUUACACUGAAGAAGUUGGAGAUAUGGUUUACGGGCAAGGUCCUUGCAAGGAGGAUGUGAGGUUUGAUACAGAAGUAGGAGGACACGGAAGCUUGUUUGUAGAGGUUGAUACCAUUCCCAUUCCAGGACCUCCUGGAUCAUUUUUACCGAGUCCUCGAGAUAUGGGGUUCGAUGAGAAUCUUGGAAACUCUUCGGUUAUCACAAGCCAGGUCCAAUCUUCCAUGGAUCAUCUUGACAGAAACUCAUCUGAGUCACCUGUUUCUGCAGUUUCAAACUUUGCAGCGGGUAGAAUGAGUUUUCCGGCGGAGUUAUCUUCUUCUUCUUUCCGAGAGAAUCUCUCCCUGGACAUUCCCUCGUCCUCCUACUCAACAACACCGAUGAGCUUUUGUGGUAUCGCCGAGGCUGAGCCAACAGCACCUUCCAGAUUUAGAAACAGUGAUCAUGAGUCUUGUUGUUGCCAAAGAAAAGAGAGAAACUUUGAGUGCGUUACUUUGAAUCAUCACCAAGCAUCUCAUCUACUGCAGAGAAGAGCAGCGUCUUCUUCGUCAAUGGCCAUGAACUUAACCAAAACCAACACAUGUAUGGAUCCAACUCAUCCGUUUGAGCAGUCACCAUCAUACAUGAUCCAACAAGAUUUGGAUCUUCAGAGUAAGUUCUCCAGCAGAGCGAGUCUCAACGGCACUGUGCCUCCAAGUCCUAACCCGGUUUUACGGCUAAUGGGCAAAGAUUUAAUGGUGAUGAACCAAGGAGAAGAAGCAUCCGGGUCUUGGGUUAUGACACCAACCCCUCAGUUACUUGAUCCACCAACCGGCUUAUACUUCAACACAAGUCUCUAUUUAAGCAACGGUUUCGACUCAACACAUCAACCACAGACACCAAAAGCACAACAAGCACACACACAAGCUUCAGCAACCAGAAACAAUUUUGAUCAAGUAAGGUACUUUUCUCCGAGCUAG